AUGUGGCUACCUUCGGUUGUAUUUGCCAUCGCGGUGACCUCAAUAUACGCAUUACCUGCUCAGAGAAGCAAUGAAACAGGUGAUGAGUUAUCUUCCCGCAUUUGGUAUGGAGAAUAUGCCAAUAUCGCGGACUACCCAUAUUACGCGUUCAUCGGAAACUGCGGUGCCGGCAUCAUCUCGAAUAGGUGGCUAGUCACGGCAGCUCACUGUGUCGAACCGAUAAAAAAGCGACGGAACAGAGCCUGGGUCGGGGGAAAUACAACUAAAACUAGCCAACUUUACACAUUUGAUCGUGUAUUUGUCCACCCACUUUAUAACGAUGACGAUGUGACCAUUAAUGAUAUCGCCCUUCUGCACCUGACCCGACCGCUAACAUUCAGUCGCACUGUACAACCUGUGGAACUGCCUGAGACGGAAUAUGAACUAAAUGUUGUCCACAGAUUUGCUGGCCGCGGAAAAGAUGAGCAUUACCGUCCUACUAAACACCUAAUGAGUAUGAAGGUUCGUACGUUGGACGUAAAAGAAUGCGUGGCCAAUGUUCCUGCGCAUAAUCAUAUGCAUUGGAAAUAUCCUUUAGAUAAUGUUAAAAAUGUUACCAUUUGUGUUAAACCAAUAAACCGGGAAGUUGUCAUGGUGACUCUGGCAGUCCUCUUGUCCGGAACAACGUUCUCGUUGGCCUCUGUUCCCACGGGCAGUCUCAAUGCUACAUAAAAGCGGCAGAAUUUUACACCAACGUCGCCCCUUUCGUGGAUUGGAUCAGGGGAAUUACUGACAUUGGAUAUUCCGACUUGGGAUAUGGAGAAGAUAACAAGUUUCAAUGGAAUUAUAGGU